AUGCAUGAAACUAGCCAUAAAUCCAACACGGAGAUAGAAAAUAAAUGCGAUGAAAACAAUUCACUUGAUAGUGGUCAUGAAUCAAAUGUGACAGGUUUAAAAAAACCAAAGACUCCAGAUAAUCAUCUACCUGUUUCUUCCAACGCAGAAGAAAUUCCUGCACAACUGAAUUCAGAACCUGAACCAGCUGAGCAACCCACUAAGCAGCCAUCUUCUCUACCUCCACAGCUGGCACCCUUCACUAAUAGCACGACAGACGACCUACAAGGAGCAACGGGAGUUGGACCUGAUAACAAUGGAGAAGGACGGGAGAGCAUUUAUAAUGUCAAGUGGAUCAGAUUCAAUCAAGUUUCAUUACCAAUUGUGACCCAGAAUGAGAAUGGACCGUGUCCUUUGCUUGCCAUUAUGAACUACUUGUUCCUCCAACAACGUGUCCAACUUGAAACUCGCUCCAACAUCAUCCCUUCCAGCCAACUCAUCUCACUGCUGGCUGACUACAUAUUCGAACACGUUCCCAACCGCAUCCAGCCGAACACUCGUCUGAACUAUGAGCAGAAGAUGCAUGAUGCCAUCGCAAUGUUUCCCAACUUACAAACAGGUCUUGAUGUCAAUGUUAGGUUCACUGGUGUAUCUCAUUUUGAGUACACACCUUCGUCCGAGAUAUUCGAUUUGCUUGACAUUCCUCUCUACCAUGGUUGGCUCGUGGACCCUGAAUCAGAAGAAGUGCUCGAAGCAGUGAGCAACGCCACGUACAACCAGCUCGUUGAAAUGGUCAUCAAUCAAAAGUGUUCCAGUCAAUUUGAUCUUGCAGAAAAAGCAUUGAUAGCUGAAGAAUUUUUGAACGCCACCGCUUCACAACUGACUUACCAUGGUCUCUGUGAACUCGCCUCAGCGUUGCGCGAUUCAGACAUGGGAGUUCUCUUUAGGAACAACCACUUUCAUACAUUGCUCAAACAUGAUGGGGCGUUAUAUGUUUUAGCCACUGAUCAAGGAUUUCUCAAUGAACCUCGAGUUGUGUGGGAAACGUUGACCAACGUAGAGGGCGACAGCCACUUCUGUGAUGCCAAUUUCAGAAUUUUCCAAUCUCCAAGUGAAACAAAAAAUCCAGACCAGAUUGAUCAAGAUUACUUUGUAGCACUGUCCAUGGAGCAGGAGCAGGAAGAAAAUUCACAAUCUGUUUCAAACUGGACCGAUCUUGGAUUGACUGAUGAAGAGUUGGCUAUGAGACUUCAAGAAGAAGAAAAUUCUCUGGCGAGCCAAGCAGACAACAGACAGCAACAUUCUGCCGGGGCUACAGGAAGCAGUAGAGAUCAAGGAACGACACGAAAUAUUUCAAAAGUCACAACAGAUGCUAAACCUAAGAAGGAUUCAUUAGUUAGCAGGAAUUUUUUAAUAAAUUUUAAAAUUAAACUACGUCAAAGAAAGAUGUUUCGGAAGGUUAUAUUUGAAAUUCCAUCAGCUCAAAAGAUCUUUCAUUUGUUUUUAAUCUUGUUUCAAAUCUGA